AUGGACCUCGUCGACCAAUUAAUGACCGAGGGGAUGGAGGGUCCCUCUUCCCCCGGCCCUCCUUCCUCGCCCGGAGCCAAUUUGCCCUCUUCUUUCGCAGGACGAACACCUGGAACCACAUCUGCUCAUGGAGGCCCUAGCUCUGACCAAUACAGAGAACCAGCUGCCAUGGAUGUACCUCCGGACGAGGAGGUGCGAAUGCGGCGAAUUAUGGAGCAAGAAACAGUUCCCAAGGUUCAGGACGCCACUGGAGAGAAGGUGCGUGAUCUAUUUGAAGAGUUUCUGGAGACUUACGUUGAUGGAUCAAAUCCGGAAGAGUACUCUGAUGACGAGGAUGGAACUGCGUAUGACGGGCGACCUUACGUACGACAAAUCAAGGGUCUUCGAAGUUUCAACAAGUCGUCAAUUUUCGUGGACUACAGACACAUGAGCGAGACUGAAGAUGGUAUUCUGGCCCAAGCCAUCAGUGACCAAUACUACCGAUUCAUGCCAUUUUUGCUGCGAGGUCUGACCAAUGUGAUUCGAAAGAUUGAGCCCGUGCUUCUGCAACAGUCUGUAGGCUUUUCUGAGGAUGGAAGUUCGACGUUUGGAGGAUCCAAGUCGUCGUCUGCCUCAGAUCAGCCCCGACACUUUCAGAUCUGUUUCCACAACCUUCCUGUCGUGUGCAGAAUUCGGGAACUCAAGACCGACAAGAUUGGUUGUCUUAUUUCUCUAGGGGGUACUGUCACUCGAACGUCCGAAGUGCGUCCAGAACUGUACUUGGGAGCCUUCCAGUGCCAGGAAUGUCAUACUGAAGUGGACGGAGUGGAGCAGGUGUUCAAGUACACAGAGCCUUCGAUCUGUCCCAACCCCAUGUGCGGAAACAAAAAGAUGUGGAAGCUGCUGAUGGACAACUCUGUGUUCUUGGAUUGGCAGAAGGUGCGUGUGCAGGAAAACGCACAUGAGAUCCCCGCUGGAUCUAUGCCCAGAACCAUCGACGUCAUUCUUAGAGGUGAAAAUGUGGAGCGAGCUCGAGCAGGAGAUCAGAUGAUUUUUACUGGAGCACCUGUUGUCAUUCCUGACGUCACUCAGCUUGGCCUGCCUGGUGUGAAGCCUCGAGCAGUUCGAGAUGGAGGCCGAGAAACUUCUGCUGUGGAGUCUGGAGCCGUCACAGGACUCAGAGAGCUUGGAGCACGUGAUCUGACCUACAGGAUAUCUUUCCUAGCUUGUUACGCUGCUCCUGCCAACAUUCUGGACGCCUCUGCCAACGACAACUACGCCGAGAACGCUGCUGACGAACAAGAGGAGUACAUUCGAAGUCUGAAGUCUGCCGAAGUGGAGCAGCUUCGUGAUAUGGUCCACGGACAGGAUAUUUUCCGACGUCUGGUACGAUCCAUUGCUCCUGCUGUGUACGGUCAUGAGACUGUCAAGAAGGGUAUUCUACUGCAGCUCAUGGGAGGAGUGCACAAGAAGACAGCUGAUGGAAUUCGACUACGAGGAGAUAUUAACAUUUGUCUGGUUGGAGAUCCCUCCACUGCGAAGUCCCAGUUCCUUAAGUACGUCACCUCGUUCCUUCCUCGAUCUGUGUAUGCUUCCGGUAAGGCAUCCACUGCUGCAGGUCUUACAGCAGCUGUGGUUAAGGAUGAAGACUCUGGAGAGUUCACCAUCGAAGCUGGAGCUUUGAUGCUUGCUGAUAAUGGUAUCUGUGCUAUUGAUGAGUUCGACAAGAUGGAUUUGGCAGACCAGGUGGCAAUUCACGAGGCUAUGGAACAACAAACUAUCUCCAUUGCCAAGGCCGGUAUUAACGCUACUCUGAACGCCCGAACUUCCAUCCUGGCCGCUGCAAACCCUGCCAAGGGUCGGUAUGACCGCAGACUCGGUCUGCGAGCCAACGUGCAGAUGUCCGCUCCUAUCAUGUCUCGUUUCGAUCUGUUUUUCGUCAUUCUUGACGAGUGUAAUGAGGCUACGGAUACCGCUCUGGCCAGCCAUGUCGUUGACCUGCACAUGCAUACUGAUGAGGCCAUCGACCCUCCCUUCUCCACUGAGCAGCUGCAGCGAUUUAUCAAGUACGCCCGUACCUUCAAGCCCAUGCUGACCCCCGAAGCCCGAGCAGUUCUUGUACAGCAGUACCAGCAACUCCGAGCCGACGACGCCACCGGAGCUGGAAACAGUUACCGAAUCACCGUUCGUCAGUUGGAGUCCAUGAUCCGUCUCUCUGAGGCCAUUGCUCGAGCCAACUGUUCGACCAUCAUUUCCCCUGCCUUUGUUCAUGAGGCUGCCAAACUGCUCAGAGACACCAUCAUUCUCGUUGAGCGGGAAGAUGUGCUUCUGGACGAGGAGGAGGACACCGUAGACGCUGCCGAGGACGCCGUUGACGAGGCCAUGGAAGCCACCCAGCUAGCCAACCACACACCCCGGGACCAGAUCACUCACCAGCAAUACACACACAUGGUCAACAUGAUUGUGUCCAAGCUAUCGGAGAACUACACCGACGAUGCCGAUGCCAGUAGAAUCGGAAUGUCGCUGGAUGCACUACUGGAGUUCGUGCUGGAGCAAUACGAGGAAGAUAUGGUUGAUGAGGAGGAUGUGGAGAACCACACUCGGCUGACCAAGAAGGUCAUCAAGAAAAUGAAGAAGAACAACCUUCUCAUGACCGUGCGAGGUAAUUUAGACGACCUGGAGGCCCCAGGAGAUGGAACUGAGCUGUAUGUGAUCCAUCCUAACGCUGCGGCCGCUGAGUUGGAGGAGACUAGACAGACAGGAGGUGUCAUGCCUGAUGACGAGUAG